AUGAAUAUCUACCACGAUUUCACCUGGUUCGAUCACCUACUCGAAGCAAGGAAAAAGCACAACAGGAGUAAGGGUAUAGACUACCCAUAUAUUAUCGCCUGCAAGCUAGUGGAGAACCCGAUGGCCCUCUGCGACGAUUGUCUCGAAGUUAUGCGCCAGGACGUUUACGUUAAGAGGUUUAGUGAGGAAGAAGGAUCGAAGCAGCGGAAGAAGCUGUUCAAGAAGGAUGGAGAGGUUACUUUCGCGUGCAAGAUGUUGCAAGAGCCAAAGGAACGAGAUUUGGCCACUGUGUGGGAAGAGCGAUUUGAAAGCGACGAUCUUGAAAGCUGUCAGCGCGUGCUUGAGAAACAUCAGAUUUGCGCAAAUGGCUACGACUACUAUCGAAAGAAGCCAGGUGGUAAAGAGGCCAUUGAUAAAUAUUUCGGCGAAGAUCGCGUAAGGAGACAUAAGCCCGCUGGGUCGUAA